AUGCCCGUGGACAAAGAACAUAUACUGGUAUCAUCAGUGCCACAAGAUGCCCGCUCACGCCUACCCCCAUUACCCCGCUACACGCCGGACUUGAUCACUUCAACACGAGAAGAAAAGGAUCUGCAAGAGAAAUACGAGGUAGUCGUCGUUGGAGCUGGCCCUGCAGGCAUCCUACUCACCUCCCUCCUAGCCCGGUAUGGGCUUAGGGACGAGCAUUCAUUGCUAUGCAUCGACCUGAAGGGCGGGACUCUUGGGUCGGGACACGCGGAUGCGCUGCAGCCGCGGACACUGGAGGUAUUGAAGUCGAUGGGUCUGGCCGAUGAGAUCAUUAAUGAGGGGUUCCAGUGCUGGGAACGCAGUGCGUGGGAUCCCUCGCCCGGGGACGAGGAAAAGAUCGAACAGGACUAUGUUAAACCGGUAUUGGAUUCCACUGCUGGGUACCGGUACCCGUUUGUGUUGUUGAUGCGCCAAGGAAGGACGGAGCAGAUGCUUGAGGCGGACUUGCUGCGAUAUUCGGAACGCGGGGCUCAGAGGGAGACAAAGUUGAUUGAUGUGUGCAUUGACGAGCACGGCGAUAAGGAAUUCCCGGUUAGAUGCGUGAUUGAGACGGCAGACGAUGGGCAGCGCGGAACUAAGACUAGGACUGUGCGGUGCAAGCACGUCGUCGGCGCGGACGGGGCCCACUCCACCGUGCGGCGAUGUAUGCAGCUCGAUCUGGUCGGGGACUCGCUGGGGUACAUGUGGGGUGUGGUCGACCUUGUCCUAGACACUAACUUUCCUGAUAUUCGGAGAUUUUCUUCAGUGCGCUCGGCGGGGGGCUCGGUUCUUGUCAUACCGCGGGAGCAGAUACCUGCAACCGGGGAGUAUCUGAGCCGACUUUACAUCCAAAUCCCUGGGGAGGUGGCUUUGGACAUUACCGCGGAGGAAGCUAGGGAGAAGCGCAGUGACAUCACGUUGGAAAGCUUGCUUGAGACUGCUAGCCGGGUGUUUAGGCCGUUUCGUAUAAAGCAGAAACAGGGCACCGCGGUAGAGUGGUGGGCUAUCUAUCACAUCGGGCAGAGGAUGACCGAGGACUUCAUCGUUAGGGAUUCUACUGGUCUCCCUCGCGUGUUUCUGGUAGGAGAUGCUUGUCAUACGCACAGCCCCAAGGCUGGACAGGGCAUGAACGUCUCCAUGAUGGACUCGUACAACCUGGCCUGGAAGCUCGCAUACUGCAUCCACGGUGUAACACCGACGCCUCUUCUAGAGACAUACGAAACGGAGCGGCGGGCAGUUGCACGGCAGCUUCUAGAGGCUGAUAAGAUUUUCAGCACGGCGAUGUCGCAGCCAAUUGCAAACACGCCGGAAUCCGGCGAUGCUCAGGGGCCGGUCUCCAAGCAACUGGAUGGAAUUCUCAGCGCUCUAGAGGGAUUUAUCAGCGGAUGUGGCAUUCAGUACCCAGGAAAUAUGCUCGUCGAGCUCCCUGCUAUUUCUGGCACCGACACUGAUCAUCUGUGCGGCAUUCUCCACCCAGGAACCAGAGUUGCAAACGUGAAGCUGAAGAGAUACGCCGAUGGGGCACCGCGGGAUCUACAAGAUAGCUUCCCCAGCACCGGUCGCUUCCGCAUCUUAGUCCUAACCUCGAACGACUUCCUGGUCCCCCUGGGCGUUUCAUCCAGCACCCUAAAUACAAUCGGAGAGACACUGCUUCCCACUUUUCCGCCUUCACUUAUAGAACAGGUCAUCCUCUAUCCCGGCCUCCGCGUCCGCCGACAUUUCUGCUGGGAAGAUCUCCCGAGAACUGUGAAGGUGUACUCAGAGAUGCGAUUGUUCGACGGCUCAGGCUCAGGUCUGGCAGAGGGUGAAGAUGCGUACACUCUCUUCGGUGUCGCCCCGGACAGGGGGCUAUGGCGGUGGUGCGGCCUGAUGGGUAUGUUGGGUUGA